CAAUUUUCAAGGAGCAAAGUGCAUCAAGAUACAAGCCAACAAGCCAAUAAUUAAGGGCCUUUAGUGAAAUUUCCUCGAAAGAAGCAAACAAGCGAUAAAUUAUCAGUGUUGAAGGGAAAGAAAGCUGUGUGGUGAGGAAAUGGCAAAGUCAAGGUUGAAGAAUGCUUUAAUAAUCCUUUUAGCGAUAAGUAUUGCGUGUUGGACAAAAUUGUGCAAAGCAAUCGAAUCACCACAGUACAAAGUAGUGCAUUCAGAAUCAGAUUUUGAAAUCAGACAUUACAGGGAAUCAGUAUGGAUGACUGCACCCGUCAAUGAAAUCUCCUUUGAGAAAGCCACCAAAAAUGGUUUUCACAGAUUGUUCCAGUUCAUCCAAGGUGCAAAUUUGAACUCUUCUCGUAUCUAUAUGACAAAGCCAGUUUUGACGAGCAUAGUCCCAGGAGCGGGUCCUCUUCACUCAUCAGCAUACUUUGUUAGAUUCUAUUUGCCUGAUAAGUUCCAAGCUGAUCCACCUCUUCCACUUCCAGAGCUUAACGUUCAACCUGAUCCAUGGACUAGUCAUUGCAUUGCUGUAAGGAAGUUUUCUGGAUUUGCAAGAGAUAGCAACAUUGUUAAAGAAGCUGAAAAACUGGCUCUGAGUUUGAGUAGAUCUCCAUGGGCAAAUUCUACUGCUUCUACAAGUGAAUAUGCUUACUCUAUAGCGCAGUAUAAUUCUCCCUUCCGGAUCUUUGGACGUGUCAAUGAAGUGUGGGUGGAUGUCGCUGGAUCUAGAGCAAGUGGUUGCAAAUCCAAUCUGGUUGCUGCAUACUGAUUUUGAGUGCGAAAUUGAAGCUUCUUGGAUCGUUGUUGUGUAUCUCCCAUUAUAGAUACUAGAGAGGCAUGAGCGGUUGCUUCUUAUGUACAUAUACUGAACUCAUAAAACAGCAUGGAGGACAUAUUAUCAUGCUCAUGUACUGUAAUUCCAAACUAUGGCAUAACCAUGCGUGUUUCUUGUAUGGCAGUUAACUUUACGGUGUUAA